GUAAAGUGAGUAACAUCACCAAUUCCACCUGAACCAGGAAAAUCUGAGGGGGACUACCUACCCUGACAGUUGUCCUGCUUUGUGGGCGUGAACAAAGAACAAACAUUUUCGCCAUGGCACCAUGUACCAGAGAAUUCGUGCUGCUCCUCGGAUUUUUGGGAUUUGCGAUUGUCGUCAUGAUGUUCUUCUUCCAAUGGGACGCGCUACCAGAAGUGAGAGGAAAACAAGUCUCCAGUCAACCCCAAAUAACCACUGAGAGGAUCCCUGAGCAGCAGGAACUGAGAAAGAAGCUGCUAAGAGAAACGUGUGAUGGUGACAGAGACGCCUUCACUGAGGGCAAGCACAGUUCAGAUGACUUGAGUGUAGAGGAGCUGGAUAACCUAAUUGUGGAUGACAAACACUGCAUCAUCUACUGUUUCAUUCCCAAGGUGGCAUGUACCAACUGGAAGACUGUAAUGUUUGUCCUGAACCAGAGCAAGCCAUAUCCUGACCCCAAGUCCAUAAAUGUUGACUUGGUCCAUGACAUCGACAAGCUCAUUUACCUGAACGCUUUCCCAAAAGAAGAGAUUGAGGCAAAGCUGAAAAACUACACCAAGUUCAUGUUUGUCCGGGACCCAUUCACCCGACUCAUCUCCGCCUACCGAGACAAGUUCCUGCAGUGGCACGAUGAGUACUACUAUCGAAACUUUUCCCGGGAAAUUCUGCGCCUGUACACCAACCUGACUAAUCCACCACAGACGGUGAAAGAGGCGUCUGUAACGGAGUUGCACCCCUCAUUUUACAACUUCAUUCAGUACUUGCUGGACCCGCGGACAGAGGAGAAGCAGCCCUUUGACCUUCACUGGAAGCAGAUGUACCGCCAGUGCCACCCCUGCCUCAUCCAGUAUGAUUUCCUUGGCCAUCAGGAGACUCUUCAACAGGACGCCAAACAGCUGCUGAAGAUGUUAAAGCUGGAGAACGACAUCAAGUUCCCUCCUUCCUAUGAAAACAUGACUUCCCCUACUUCUGUGUCGGAGUGGUUCGGCACAGUGCCUCUAGAGGACAGGAGGAAGCUGUACCAGCUCUAUGAGAAGGACUUCAGACUUUUUGGCUACAGAAGGCCUGGAGAAUUGCUUGAUGGUUGAGAUGAAGUUAUGAUUUUUAUUUCACUCUUUGCUGUGGGCAUAGAAAACCACUAUUUAUUCUGAGCAAAGAACAAUCACUUAUACAAGGGAAAUAUUCAACCAACUUAUUUUCUCAAAUGUAUAAAUUCUAAGCCCUGUCUGCAUCUCUAGCUUUCUACCUCCCAAAAUGUUGCGUCUCUUAAUGUGUAGUGAGAUGUUUUGUUUUCUUAACUCAUUAACCCCCAGUGUUAGAGUGAACUUCACUUGUUGGCUACUCCAAUAAAUGAGAAACUGACUUGAA